CUGGAGAGUGGUGGAGUCCGGAUUUGAAUCCAGGUUUAAAUAAUUCCAGUGCCGGCACUCUGCACCUAUUUCGCUCUAGACACUCAUUUACCCUAAGGACCAGAGAAACUCAAUAUUUUGAGUUUCCGUAAGUCCGCAAGGUCCUGCCAGUUCACAGUGAGCAGGGCACCGGCAAAUACAGUCUGCGACCGUGAGACGUAAAGGGAGGAAUGCUCCUCGGCGCCCCUCCCCAGUCUAUCCUAAAGUCAAGAACGGCCGAGGCUGCCUUUCUCCGGGGGCGGGCUGCACUAAAACAGUAAAAUCCCCCAUUCCCCAUCAGCAGUCGAUUGGGGGCUCUCCCGAAGCGGCAGCUCUAUAGGACCACUCUUCUACCCCAAGAUCCCUGGGCUUCGGCCCCCUCGGUGCCAGGGUUUGCGGGACCCCACGCUCAAAGCCUCAGGCUGGGGUCGAUAACUGCAGAGAGGGUCGGGAUAGGAAAUUGCGGGUAGCGGCAGAUGCGGGUCCCCAGGCAUCCCGGAGGUUCCCACAGGUCUGCAGCGGACCUACUUUGCGAAAAGGGCCCGGCUGCGGCGAGCCUCGUUCAAAUCAGAUGCCAGACAGUGUUUCUUCGGAUCCAUCCAAAUAGGUCCCUAAUUUCUCCUUGUGGGAGCCCUGGGCCUCCUUCCAGGCCGGAACCCAAGUGUUUAGGCAGCUGGGAAAGACCGGCCCCCUUUUUCAGUUCUCUCGCGACCUCUAGCCACUUCCGGUUGCUAACGGUUCCCAAGCAGCCCACGAAAACGCUACGUGAGCGGGGCCCUGGGCCAGAGGCAGAAAAUGGACGGAAGAAAAGUUCUGGCCGGACCAUUAAAGAAAAUCCUUUCUUUGACUGUUUCAAAUACUUUGAAAUAUUGCUCAGAGUUCAUACUUCACCUCCAAAUACAAAAAGUAAUAGAUAAAAAUUAAAAAUCUGUAAACACAUCUGUGCUAAAAAAAAAAAAAAAAAAGGAAAAGGAAAAAAACCCAACAAGAUAAACAUUUCUGUGUACCAGAAAGGAAGCAAAAACACAGAAUGGUGGCUAUAGCUGAAGCUCUGGGCCUGCUGGGCUCCUGGUCUUACAAAAUGACUGAAGUCUUGUCACCAGGGGAACCUGGAGAACUACAAGUGCUCCAUGAGAGGAAGGACUGGCACCAUCACACUGCAUGGUGCCAAAGGCUAGGUGGAACAGACAGGCACCCACAUACACAAGUACCUUAACAUGCACAGAGCAAGACAGUACCCUGUGACCAAGAACCUCAUGUGAAGCCAUCUGGAAGCCUGUGACUACGUUGAUGAUAUUUGUGAUAUCACAUGGAACAGGAGUCCUAAAAUAUCACUGUAUAAAACUCGUUCUGGGGGAGGAGGUGCAGGUAAAGGUACAACAGAAUUGGUAAACAAAGAAGAAGAGAAAGUAAAUAGACCAGAACUCCAAAUGAGCCUAGAAAUAGAAAUUUCAAAACGAAUGAAUUGAAUGCUAAGAAAGAUGGUGACAAAAUCACCAACUGGAAGAUGAAUUCAAUCUAGAUGAAAUUGCUUUCAUCAAACAGCCUGAUGAAAUUAAUAGAUUAAAGAUAUGGGGAAAAAAGAUAAAUAACAUACCAUCCAUGGCAAAUAAACAUAAAUUUAUGAAACGAAAUAAGCAGAACAAGGAUAAUUGCUAUGAAAACCGAAUAGAAAUUUUAGAAGUAAUAGUUUUUGAAAUAAAAUCUUCAGUGGAAUGGAUAAGCUGAAGACAGUCAAAGGGAGAAUAAACUGGAAGAUAGUAGAAGAGGAAUCCACUAGAAUGUACCACAGAGAGACAAAGACAUAAAACAUGAAAAAGCAGUUAAGUGGAAUCGAUGAUUGGUAAGUGGUUUUAAUGAGUACAUGUUGGAAGCUCCAGCAGAUGAUAAUAUAAGGAAUAAAAAAGAUGCUUAUUUAAGGAACUCAUAGCUGAGAAUUCCCCAGAUUGAAGAAAAACAUGGGUAUUAGAGCAAAAGUGCAUUUAUAGGCCAAGUGAGCUGAAUAAAGAUAAAACCGUAUUGGACAUACUUAGUGAAACUCAGAGCAUAAAAGUUAAGAGUAAAUUUAAAAAGCUACUAAAGAGAAAAAAUGGAAUCUUUUUUUUUUUUUUUAAAAAAGGCAGACUACUAGUAGCUUUUUGCUAGCAAACAAUAGAAGCUAGAAGAGAGUAAAGUAUUAAUAGUAUCUUCAAAAUGCUAAAGGAAAAAAAAUGUCAGUUUAGAAUUUUAUCCCAGCUACAUGAUUUCAAAGGAAAGGCAAAAUAAGAGAACUUUCAAACAUGCAAAAGCUCAGUCUACCACCCAAAGAACCUCACUAAAAUAAUUUUUAAAGGAUAGACUUCAACAAGAGUGAACCCAGAGGAAAGGUGUUAGUAUACAAGAAUGGUGACCUCAGAAAUUGAUAAAAAUUAUCAAAAAAUUUAAUUUACUAUUAAAGAACUCAUCUGUUGAGCGUACAAGCCCUUCAUGAUCCUAGAACUGGGAUUCUCGACGCUAGCUACACCUGGAGAGUUAAGAAGAAAAAGUAAGCCCAUGCCUGGGCCCCACUGUAGUCCAAAGAAAAUCAGUUUCUGAGGGUGAGGCCCAGCCACUGAUAAAUUUUUAAAGUCAUCCAGAUGCACAAUCACAUCACUCUGAUGUGAGACUGCCCUGCCUACCUUUCCAAUUUCAUUUUCCUAACUCUUCACCUCUCUCACAUUUUUACAUUCCAUCUCUACUAUAGAGUUAAGAACAUGGGCUCUGGAGACAGGCUAUUUAAAUUCUACAUCUGCUAUCUAUUAAUAUGGCAGUCUAAUACCAUUUUAGGAUAAAUCUGAUAGACCUACCUACCUAGAGCCUCUAAGGGCAGCAGUGAUUUGCAGGCCAGAGUGAGCACUCAUGUCCAUAAUUUAUAAAAAUUUCUAAAUUAUGAACAAUAGUUUUAUUAAUUAAUUAUAAUUAAUUUAAAUCUUCAUGAAAAGGAUCAUUUGUGUUCACCCUACUCCAAGAAUAUGUUAUACAUCUCAGUAAGAUGACCAUUAAAUAAUAAAGUUUGACCAACAAAUGGCAAGCUUCAGUUAUUUAGGGAAACCCUAGCCUGUAGA